CUGAGCUCCUGCUGUGUGUGAGGGACCAGGGCAAGGGGAGGAAAUAGCCUGAUCAUAAACGUCCUGGCAAUCUCCCGACCUAAUGCCAGAAGCCCUCCUACAAGAGUCCUCCUACUCUCACAGUUACAGUGACUGACAGAGUCAGAAAGCAAGAAGUCACACCAAGCGCACAUCGGUGACAGAGCAGCUCCACAGGAUCCAGCUUUUGGACUUUGAGUAGUGUUAUACAGAUGGAUCUGUACAGAUGUGGCUUUGUUGUGUGGUUCACUACUCAGCUGUCAGUUCCCUGUGACUCAUUUAACAUCGACACCAAGUGGCCAAGAAUCAUUCGGGGGUCAGCAGACACCCAGUUUGGAUACACAGUGCAACAACAUGAGGCAAAUGGACAGAAAUGGCUUCUAGUCGGUGCCCCAUGGGCUGGUGUCGGGAAGAAAAGGACUGGGGAUGUUUACCGGUGCCCAGUGAAAAACCAGACCAGCUAUGGAUGCGGGAAGCUGAACCUGGGAAGAGUAUCCAUGCCUUUUGUAUCAGAGCAUAAAGACAACAUGCAGCUUGGAAUGACUUUAACCAGCAACGCCAAAGACCAUUCCUUCGUGACCUGCGGGCCGCUGUGGUCCCAUGAGUGUGGGAGUUCCUACUACAGCCCUGGGAUCUGCUGCAAAAUCAGCUCCAACUUCAAAAGCGCCCGGGCCUUCGCACCCGCCAUCCAGCGCUGUGAGACCUUUAUGGACAUUGUGAUCGUUUUAGAUGGCUCCAACAGCAUUUACCCUUGGUAUGAAGUCCAGAACUUCCUAAUAAAUAUCCUGAAGAAAUUUUAUAUUGGACCUGGCCAGAUACGGCUGGCCAUUGUGCAGUACGGAGAGACCGCUGUUCACGAGUUUGAGCUGAGGGACUACAAGUCUGUUCGUGAUGUUGUCAAGGCCGCCAGGAAUAUCCAACAACGAGGAGGGACAGAAACCAACACAGCACAUGGCAUCGAGAUCGCUCGCUCGGAAGCAUUCAGCUUCAGGAGAGGCGCAAGGAAGGAAGCCAAGAAGGUGAUGAUUGUCAUAACCGACGGUGAAUCACAUGACAGCCCACAUCUAAAGCAAGUGAUUGAGAGCAGCGAGCAGGACAACAUCACUAGAUAUGCCAUUGCGGUGCUGGGCUAUUACAACAGGAGGGGUAUCAAUCCACGUGACUUCCUCAAAGAGAUUAAAUCAAUAGCUAGCCAUCCAGACGAUAAACAUUUCUUCAACGUCUCUGAUGAGGCGGCCCUGAAAGAUAUUGUGGAUGCGCUUGGAGCACGAAUCUUCAGCUUGGAAGGAACCAACAUUCAGAACGAAACAUCUUUCCAGUUGGAAAUGUCACAAGCGGGAUUCUCAACCCACUUUGUCGAGGAUGGGAUCCUUCUUGGCGCAGUUGGGGCCUAUGAUUGGACAGGUGCUGUCUUAAAACAAACCAGUCACGGCCGAGUGAUCCCUCCCAAAGAUGCCUACAUGAAGGAAUUCCCAAAAAAGCUGAAGAACCAUGGGGCCUAUCUGGGCUACACCAUUACUUCAGUGAUGCCAAAGUCGGGACGGAGGUGGUAUGUGUCAGGUGCUCCAAGAUUCAACCACACCGGAAAAGUCAUCGUAUUCACGAUGAAGAAUGAUGGCAGUGUCACCAUCCAUCAGUCCCUGAAGGGCCAGCAGAUUGGAUCGUACUUUGGAAGUGAGCUAACGCCAGUGGAUGUAGAUGCUGAUGGGGUGACCGAUAUUUUACUGGUUGGUGCUCCAAUGUUUUUCAGUGAUGGUAGAGAGAAGGGUAAAAUCUACAUCUAUUCCCUCUCCAAGAGAGGUUUCAUUUUCAAUAGUUUCCUGGAAAUUUCCGACAAAUCCCAGAAUUCCCGCUUUGGUUCUGCAAUCGCUGCUGUCCGUGACCUCAAUUAUGAUUCAUUCAAUGAUGUGGUGGUGGGGGCACCUUUGGAAGAUGAUCAUCGUGGAGCAAUUUAUGUGUUUCACGGACACAAUAAAAAUAUCCUCAAGGACUACAAACAGAGGAUUGGGGCGUCUGAGAUCAGUCGCGGGCUGCUGUACUUUGGCCGCAGUAUUCACGGACAGUUGGAUAUGAACGGUGAUGGCUUGGUGGAUCUCGCAGUGGGAGCACUCGGCAGUGCUGUUCAGCUCUGGUCCCGCAGUAUAAUCCAGGUGAAUGCCAGCAUGAGGUUCGAACCGCGGAAAAUCAACAUUUUCAACAAAGACUGCAAGAGGAAUGGCAAAGAGUGCAGCUGUAUGUCUCUCUCUGUCUGUUUCACAGUCACAGCCAAGUCGCCUGGUCUUCAGAAUGAUAGCUUGAUCAUAAGGUACAACGUUUCCAUUGACGAACGCAGAUACACACCCAGGGCGCUCUUUGAUGACAACUUUGAGAAGUAUAUUCACAGCAACAUCAGCGUGGAGCCUGACUUAGAAACUUGUGAUCAAUUCUAUUUUCAUGUUCUGGAUACACUGGACUAUGUGAGACCUAUUGGAUUUAUAUUGGACUUUGGCCUUUUGGAGCCAGAGUACGGCCCAGUUCUGGAUGAUGGGUGGCCGAACACAACUAGGACCACGCUUGGUUUCUGGAGCGAUUGUGGUGAAGAUGAACAUUGUGUUCCUGAUCUGGGGCUCCGCGCGCGUGCUGAUAUUUCUGGUUCCAGCCAAUUCCCCUUCAUUGUCGAAAACACAAGGAGGAGAAUCUCUGUGGACGCCUGGCUGGAAAACAAGCAGGAGAACUCAUACGGUACCAUGCUCAAUGUCACCUUCUCUGGGAACCUGCAGUUUGCAACGCUCAUACAGAAGGAUGAUACUGAGGUGAGAAUCGAUUGCAACAAUUUGCCAAGGUGGCCUAACAGCAAAGUAUGCACUGUCGCGUACCCGGUGUUCAGGUCCCUGUCCAAGGUGGCUUUUCGCUUGGAGUUUGAAUUCAGUCGCUUCAUCUUCCUGGACAAUGUGGACAUUAGCCUGACUGUCAGCAGUGACAGUGAGGAAGCAGAAGAAACGCUUUCUGACAACACCUAUCAGCUGUAUGUUCCUGUGCAAUAUGAAGCAGAUAUCCUCCUCACAAGGGAUUCCAGUCCUGAACGCUACGAUGUGAAAUCAAUGGAAGAGUUGGAGUCAAAUGGAGAGUUUGAUCCUCCCUUUAAUUUCACAUUUAAGCUUCAGAAUCUGGGGCCUUUCACUGUUGGCCACUUGCUGGUCAAAGUGACCAUCCCGACAUUAACUAAAGAGAGCAAUCUUCUCCUGGUACUGACCAACAGCUCCAGCAGCCCGCAGGAUGGGAUCCAGUGCACUUUGACCGGUCAUGUGGCUCUGCAGCAGUGGCUCCCUCCCAGAGGACAAGCUGUCGCAGAGGAUCUGAGGACUUAUGAGAAACUGGAUGCCGACAACUCUCAGUUUAGUCUCCUGUUAUGUGAUGUGAAGAACUUUAAAACCAGUGACGAAUACUCCGUUCACAUUUCUGGCAGACUCGUGACAGAUUCACUGGUGGCACUCAAGUUUAGGUCUCUGCUACUCGUUAUCACGGCAACCCUUGACAUUUGGGAGCCCAGAGUAAUGUUUCUAAAGGAAUCGGCCCGAAGCCGGGAGAUUACACUUCACCUGACCAAGCAGUAUGAGUCAGAGGUCUCCAUCUGGAUUAUAAUCGGGAGUUUGUUGGGAGGUCUUCUCCUGCUUGCACUCCUCAUUCUCGCUUUAUGGAAGCUUGGCUUUUUCCAAAGUGCAUACCGUCGGAGGAAAGAAGCCACGGCAACUGGAAAUGGCUCAAUUGAGCAGUCAUCGAAGAAAGGCAUAGAACAUUGAAAUCUCAGAAACGUUAAAACACAGAAAAGGUGCAAAUUCACACACAGCAAUAACCAGGUGACAUCAACUGGCAAACCAGUAGACCAACACUGAGCAGUCACCUCGUGCACCUUCCUAUCAGGUCAUUAAUUUUGCUUGUGGUGCCACACACUUUGAUUCAUUAUCUCUAAGGUGCAGCAACACAUUAUAAACCCCAGAACACAAUCCCCUCCCGACCCCAAAUGAAAAGGAAUAUUUUAAACAGAGGAGCAAUGUAGGUGACAUUUCUCUGUUUGGAAGCUUGAAGCGUGAGAGAGUCUGUGUGCCUCUUUCUGCUAAACACAACAAAAAGGAAAACCACUAAUAAUGCACAGCCACAUUGUAAGGACACUACCACGGAGGAGCCAGUGCCUAUUUUACACUAUCAAGAAUUGUACCUGCCCCUUUAAGUGGCAAACAGGGCCCAAACCAGGCAGAUGAUGUAGUUUAUGGAACCUUGGCUACUUUGCAAAUCCCUGAAGUGUUGUUUAGGAAAUACCGACUAGCUCCAAUCUUUGUCCAUUGGUUCCAAGAGUUGUGUUUUGAAGAAAGUGAGAAAUAAUUUGCAUAUGAUUUAUGGAUUGUAGAUAUUUUUAAUUAAAAAGUAUCCUCCCGGUGA